AUGAACGAUCCGGUGUCGAGGUCCCUCGUGUCUUCGGACGGCGCAGCUCCAGCGAGCGUUCAGACGACAAGUGUUAAGGAGAGCUGGGUGAUAGAGAAGCAGCGCAUCUGCCGGGCGGAGGUCGCUGCCAAGAAUCUACGGGCCGUGAUGGCGCUUAGACAGAAACACACGGCGCUGCUGCACGAGCUACGGGCCCGCGACCUGGUGGCCAUGAGACAUAGGGGCCAGGGGCAGAGUCUAAUAGAAUCAAAGCACCCUAAGAGCGGUGAGAUCGAGCGUCGCCUGGCGUCUUUGUCCCAGCAGUGGGACGUGCUGCGGCAACUGGCUACCGAUACGGACAAGCAGCUAGCGGACGCUGCAGAGGCGCACCAGGAGCUGCUCAAGCUGUCAGAGGCGCGUCGUCUCCAGCUGGAGGACGCUAUCAAGCUGUACAGCUUGUUCGCGGAGUGGGACGACUUCGACAAGUGGAUCAGAGACAAGGAGAAGAUGCUGAGGACGGACGAGCCGCAGGAGAGUGUGGACAACGCUAAGAGGCUGUAUGAGAUCUGUUGA